AUGUAUAGCAAGCUUUGGCAGGGAUCCUUGGCUUUUACAGGCCUUCUGGGCUUAGUUCACACUUCACCUAUCGAGGCAAGGGAUGUGACUGCCGCCAAUGCUGAGAACGCAUAUAAUCAGCUUCAAACUUGGUAUAACACCUCGAAUGGGCUUUGGAUUCCCUCGACAGGCUGGUGGAACAGUGCCAACUGCUUGACGGUCAUCUCCAACCUUGCCGCGGUCGAUGGCAAUCUGAAAAGCGCUGUCACAAACGUUUUAUCACAGACCUAUACCAAAGCCCAGCAAUAUAACGGCGCGCAAGUGGCAAAGGUCUCUGGUAUUGCAAAUGAUCAGCCUUUCCUGCCGCGGACGUAUUAUGCACAUCAGUAUCCGGAAUUUCCGUCAUGGCUGAAUGUAAAGCCAGCUUCCGCUCAGGCGAGUGGCGGAUUCUUGAAUGGUUAUUACGACGAUGAGGGCUGGUGGGCAUUGGGCUGGAUCGCGGCCUACGACUUGACCGGAAACACCCAGUAUCUCUCGCAGGCCCAGACGAUUUUUAACGACAUGAACGCAGUGUUCGGCAAGACGAACUGCUCGACUAACAGCGGAGGCACGGGUGGUAUUUGGUGGGACAAGGCUCAUACUUAUGUCAAUGCCAUUGCCAACGAACUCUUCUUGAGCGUGGCAGCCCACCUUGCCAAUCGCGUCCAAGGAGGCAGUGUCGACUAUCUGUCCAUAGCGAAACAGCAGUGGGCUUGGUUCAAGGGAUCUGGCAUGCUCAACUCAGGAAACACCAUCAACGACGGGCUGGACCAGACGACCUGCAAGAACAACGGCGGUACUGUGUGGUCGUAUAACCAGGGCGUGGUUCUCGGUGGCCUGUCUGAACUCAGCAAGGCUACCAACGACAAUUCAUAUACCACGACCGCCACAAGCAUUGCAAAUGCAGCAAUCUCAGCCUUGGCUCCCAGCGGAAUCUUGACAGAUCCAUGUGAGCCAAAUUGCGGUGCGGACGGCACUCAGUUCAAAGGUGUCUUCACCCGCAACUUGCAGGUGUUGCAGAAGGCCGCGCCGCAAUCCAGCUGGGUGACCUUCCUCGACAACAAUGCCAACAGCAUCUGGAACAACGACAGGGAGAAUGGAUAUCAACUGAGCGUGAAGUGGGCCGGUCCUUUCAUUGCGCCGGCCAAUGCAUCUACGCAGAGCUCGGCGAUGGAUACUAUUGUGGCAUCGCUCGCGACAUAG